AUGUCUUUGGCCAUAGCAGGCGCAGCUGCUGGGGCAGCGGCGCUCGCCGCCUACGUCGACGCCAAGUUUCUGGUCCGCAAUGACAUCCGCGUAGGCAGCAAGAAACUGACCAUGCUCCGCCUGAUGUACACGCUGCGCAAGAGGAUCAAAGCAGACAAGCUGCUCAUCUACGACAUCUUCGAGGAGCGCGUCAGGACCCCCAUGGGCGACCACGUCUUCCUCAUCUUCGAGGGUCGCCAGUGGACGUACACCGAAUUCUACCGGGCGCUCCAGCCGGUCGGGAAUUGGCUGUUGAAGGACCUCGACAUCCAGCGGGGAGAACUGGUCGCGGUGGACGGCGGAAACAGUCCGGAAUACGUCUUGCUUUGGUUCGCGCUGGAGGCCAUUGGUGCCGUGCCGGCUUUUCUGAAUUGCAAUUUGACGGCUAAGCCGCUUGUGCACAGCAUCAAGCUCUGCGGUGCGCGAUACGUGCUCGCGGACUCGGACGUCCGCCCUCUGGUAUCGCCAGUGGAAGAGGAACUCUCGUCUGCUGGGAUAAAGACGGUUUAUUACAACCCAGAGCUCUUCCAGACAUUCGCAGACACGGAGCCCCUCCCGCUCUCCCGCCGUCAGAACACCGACCUUGAGAGUAUCGCCAAUCUGAUGUACACGUCCGGCACGACCGGGCUGCCGAAAGGCGUCGUCAUACCCCGGCUACGAGAGCUGAUUUUCGCUCUGGGCAUCGGCAACAUCACACAUCUACGCCCCGGCGACCGCAUGUACACGUGUCUCCCGCUCUACCACGCCACAGCGCACAGUCUCUGCACCCUCUCGUGCAUCGGGAUCGGCGCGACGGUGGUGCUGUCGCGCAAGUUCUCGCACAGGACGUUCUGGCCCGAGAUCCACGCCUCGCGCGCCACCAUCGUGCAGUACGUCGGCGAGCUGUGCCGGUACCUCGUCAACGCACCACCAAACCCGCUGGACCGCGGCCACGCCGUGCGCAUGGCGUGGGGCAACGGCAUGCGGCCCGACGUGUGGGACCGGUUCCGCGAGCGGUUUGGGAUCGAGAUUAUUAAUGAGCUUUAUGGUGCUAGCGACGGCAUGGGGUUCUCGACCAACCCGAACCGCGGCGAUUACUCGCGCAACGCCAUCGCGGUCCGCGGCCCGCUGUGGCACCUGCUGAACGGUGGCGGCGAGAGGCGCAUCCGCAUCGACCCGGACUCGCAGGAGGUGCUGCGCGGGCCCGACGGCCUGGCGAUCGAGGCCCGCACGGGCGAGGCGGGCGAGAUGGUCAACUGGAUGGACCCCAAUACACCAGAACAGGGCCCGCCUCGGUAUUUUGGUAAUGAGGGCGCGAUGGUGAAGCGGCGCAUCAGGGACGUGUUUAGGAAGGGCGACCUGUGGUUCCGCAGCGGCGACCUGAUGCGUCUGGACGCCGAGGGUCGCCUGUUUUUUGUUGAUCGGCUCGGCGACACGUUCCGGUGGCGCUCCGAGAACGUGUCGACUAGCGAGGUCAGCGAUGUGGUCGGGUCCUUCCCGCAGGUCGCUGAGGCGAACGUGUAUGGGGUGCUGGUCCCGGGCGCGGACGGGCGGGCCGGGUGUGCGGCUGUUGUGCUGACGGAGGGGACGGCGACGGAGGCGGAGGCGGAUGGGAAGGGGGGCGCGAAGACGUUGGAUUGGACAGCGUUGGCGGACCAUUGUCGUGCGAACCUGCCGAGCUAUGCGGUGCCCAUCUUCAUAAGGGUGGUGAAGGAGCUUGAAUAUACCGGAACCAUGAAACUGCAGAAGGGGCGGUUGAGGUCUGAGGGCAUCCAGUUGGACGCCAUUGAGAAGGCGGCGAGGGAGAAGGGCGAGGCUGUGGAUGCGAUGUUUUGGCUGCCGAGGGGCGCGGGUGGUUAUGUGCCUUUUACUGAGAAGGACCUUCGGGAGCUCCAGGGUGGGAGGGCACGGUUGUAA